CCUACGUCAGUUGAGCGAGCGCGAUGUUGAGAGCUAGCAGGGCCCAGAGCCGAGUUGCGUCAGUGCAGAGCGCGCGCUCGUGCCCGGGUGCGCGCAGCUGGCCAGCUCUGGGGCCUCGGCCGGCUGGGAAGUGAUGGAGCUGGCGGAGGCGGAGGAGACGGAGAGCUGAGUGCUGACCUGCGGCCUCUGCGGAGAUGAGAUCGGGCGCAGGUUCGCUCUUUAGGAGCCUCGGCUUCCAGUGGCUGCUGUUUGGUUUGCUGGGCCCAGUCCUGGCUGGGUUUCGGCCAGAUAAUCAACAGACCUCACAUCUCUCUUCUUAUGAAAUUAUAACUCCUUGGAGAUUAAUUAGAGAAAGAAGAGAGGCUCCUAGGCUCUAUUCUGGAAAGAUAUCCUAUGUUAUUCCAGUUGAAGGAAAAGAGCAUGUUAUUCAUUUGGAGAGAAACAAUGACCUUUUACCCAAAGACUUUGUGGUGUAUACAUACAACAAGGAAGGGGCUCUGAUCUCUGACUAUCCUGCUCUACAGAAUCAUUGUCAUUAUCGAGGCUAUGUGGAAGGAGUUUACAAUUCAUCCAUUGCCCUUAGCAACUGCUUUGGACUCAGGGGAUUGCUGCAUAUAGAAAAUACAAGUUAUGGGAUUGAGCCCCUGCAAAAUAGCUCUCGUUUUGAGCACAUCUUUUAUCGAAUGGAUGAUGUUCACAAAGAACCUCUGAAAUGUGGGGUUUCCAAUAAAGACACAGAAAAAGAAACCCCAGGUCACACACAAGAAGAUCCUCCUGACCACAUUCAACUACUUCGAAGACGAAGAGCUGUCCUGCCACAGACACGAUACGUGGAGCUAUUCAUUGUGGUGGACAAAGAAAGGUAUGACAUGAUGGGUAGAAACCAGACUGCAGUAAGAGAAGAGAUGAUUCGUUUAGCAAACUAUUUGGAUAGCAUGUAUAUUAUGUUAAAUAUUCGAAUUGUGCUAGUUGGACUGGAGAUUUGGACCAAUGGAAACCUGAUUAACAUAGUUGGAGGUGCUGGUGAUGUGCUGGGGAAUUUUGUACAGUGGCGGGAGAAGUUUCUUAUAACACGGCAGAGACAUGACAGUGCACAACUAGUUCUGAAGAAGGGUUUUGGUGGCACUGCAGGAAUGGCAUUUGUGGGAACAGUGUGUUCCAGGAGUCAUGCAGGUGGAAUUAAUGUGUUUGGACAAAUCACUGUGGAGACAUUUGCAUCCAUUGUUGCUCAUGAGUUGGGCCAUAAUCUUGGGAUGAAUCAUGAUGAUGGCAGAGAUUGUUUUUGUGGAGCAAAGAGUUGCAUCAUGAAUUCAGGAGCAUCAGGUUCCAGAAAUUUUAGCAGCUGCAGUGCAGAGGACUUUGAGAAACUAACUUUAAAUAAAGGAGGAAACUGCCUUCUUAAUAUUCCAAAGUCUGAUGAAGCCUAUAGUGCACCUUUCUGUGGUAAUAAAUUGGUGGAUCCUGGGGAAGAAUGUGACUGUGGUACUGCAAAGGAAUGUGAGCUGGACCCUUGCUGUGAAGGAAGCACCUGUAAGCUUAAAUCAUUUGCAGAGUGUGCGUAUGGUGACUGUUGUAAAGACUGCUGGUUCCUUCCAGGUGGUACUUUAUGUCGUGGGAAAACUAAUGAAUGUGAUGUUCCAGAAUACUGCAAUGGUUCUUCUCAGUUCUGUCAACCAGAUGUUUUUAUUCAGAAUGGAUAUCCUUGCCAGAAUAACAAAGCCUAUUGUUACAAUGGCAUGUGCCAAUAUUAUGAUGCUCAGUGUCAGGUCAUCUUUGGCUCAAAAGCCAAGGCUGCCCCAAGAGAUUGUUUCAUUGAUGUGAAUUCUAAAGGUGACAGAUUUGGCAAUUGUGGUUACUCUGGCAAUGAAUACAAGAAGUGUGCCACUGGGAACGCUUUGUGUGGAAAGCUUCAGUGUGAGAAUGUACAAGAAAUGCCUGUAUUUGGAAUUUUGCCUGCUAUUAUUAGUACUCCUGGUAAAGGCACCACAUGCUGGGGUGUGGAUUUCCAGCUUGGAUCUGAUGUUCCAGAUCCUGGGAUGGUGAAUGAAGGCACACGAUGUGAUGUUGGAAAGAUCUGUAGAAACUUUCAGUGUGUAAAUGCUUCUGUUCUGAAUUAUGACUGUGAUAUUCAAAAUAAGUGUCACGGACAUGGGGUAUGCAAUAGCAAUAAGAAUUGUCACUGUGAAAGUGGCUGGGCUCCCCCAAAUUGUGAGACUACAGGAUAUGGAGGAAGUGUAGACAGUGGACCUACAUAUAAUGAAAAGAAUACUGCAUUGAGGGAUGGACUUCUGGUAUUGUUCUUUUUAAUUGUUCCCCUUAUUGUACUUGCUGGUUUUGUAUUCAUCAAAAGAGAUCAACUAAGGAAAAGAUGCUUCAGAAAGAAGAGAUCACAAACAUAUGAAUCAGAUAGCAAAAAUCAAGCAAAAGUUUCUAGGCAACCAGUGGGCGUUCCUCGACAUGUUACUCCAGUGACUCCUCCUCGAGAAGCUCCUAUAUUUGCAAAUAGAUAUCCAGUACCAACUUAUGCAGCCAAGCAACCUCAGAAGAUCCCAUCAAGGCCACCUCCACCACAACCAAAAGUGUCACCUCAGGGAAAUCUAAUUCCUGCUCGUCCUGCUCCUGUUCCACCUCUAUAUAGUUCCCUCACUUAAUUUUUUUUUUCAAAUCUCUCCUUUUGUGGAUAUCUUCAGGGAACUGAGCUGAUUUUUUUUUCCUGAUAUUUUUCUUGAAAAGCCUUUCUUCCUGCUGCAACUAUGAAUGAAAAACAAAUUACCACAAAAACAAACUUUACUAAUACAGAAAAAAAAAAAAAGUUGAGUGGUAGGAAUAAAGAAAUGUAAGAAAUGCAGUAAAGCCAAGGAAUUUAGAAUAUCUUUUCACUUCAGUCGUUGAAUAAGUCUUUUUUUAGUCAAAUGUCUUGUUAAAGCACUUACCAUGGAUUACGUUACUUUUAACACAUUAUUGUAAUGGCUCUUAAACUGAUUGCAUUGGUUUAAUUAUACCAUUAUGUGCUUCAGUAUAAUUUUGAACUCUGACCUUAGUUAUCAUUAACAUAGCUUCUGGUUAAACCUGGGGUAAUCUAAUAUCUAUGAAUACUGAAUAAUUUGGCUGCUGAUAAUGACUAAUAUUUUUCAUCUUGCAUGAAUUAACAAUCAUCAGAUACUAGCAUCUUUUCUAUUCCAUUUGCUACAUGAAUAAACAAAUAUUCUGUCUUUAAAAAAUGCAUAUACUAUAAUUCAAAUAUCAUAAUAUUACUUUGGAAGUACAGAGUACACUGAAAAUAAUGUUAUGUGUAUAUUCACACAGUUACCUUUCAUUUUCUGGAUCAGCUUGUGGAUAAAUGGUUCCAUGGAUUCUAUAAAUAAUUGAGUCAAUGGAUCUGCCUAUGGAUAUGAAUAUUAGAAAAGUUAACUUAAUUGAAAUUCUAAUUUGCAUCAUAGCACCAUUUUAUAUUAGAAUUAUUUUAAAUAUAGAUCUUAAGGUACGAAGUAUUUAAUAGAGCUAAUCAGGUAGGCUGUUGAUUCAUGGCUCUAACAAAGCAGGAGCAAUUAUAAUAUCCAUGGAGCUGUCAUAAAAACCACUUGAGAAUGUCAUGAGCACUUUAAGUCUAAGAUAUGAAUUUUUAGCGCUUGCUAUUAAUGUAAUUUAGAAUGUUUACAUUUGUUAAAGUGUGCUGGAUCAUGUUUCUCUCUCUCUUGAAACUAAUGUUCUCACAGAAAUAAGGCCGGAGAAAGGAGAGAAGAAAGUUUUCUUAGAUAUGUGCAAAAAAAAGUAUGGUGUCUGAAUUAUACCAAUUGUGUUUCAAAAAUGAAUUUUUACUAAUGGAAAAAUGGUGUGAAUGGUAAAAUUUUAAGCACUUAAACUUUUUCAUAGCCUUUCAUAUUUCAUAAUAAAGUUUAAUAAGUUUAACUGAUUUUCAUUAGUUUUUCAAAAAAAAUCAGUUUGUGUAUAUUUACAAUAAAUAAAAUACUUGAAAUUGUG